UUAGCAGAUGUCAUUAGUAUUGAAUUGAAAAGGUCCAGUUUUGAUACGCAAAACAACAACAAAGACAUACAGUGCGAAUCACAAAAAAAAUAUAUAAAUCAAAUCGUAAAUAAACAAUCAUGUUGUAAACAUUGAUAAAAAUUUCCCAUUUAAGUGCUGAAAAUUUAAAUACCUACACAAAACGACAUUAUCGGUCACCAAAACGUAUUUUUACACAUAAGAAAAUUGUUUAAUUUUUUCGAAAAAAGAAAAUAAUAAAUUUUUUUUGUUAUAUGAACAUGAUUCAUAAAACAUUGCUAUCGGACGGAAUUAAUGGAAAGAUAAUAUUAAUAUUGGUGGUACUAACUUCAACAAAAAAUACAGUGGACGCUUGUAAAUGGACAAAAUGCGAAACAUAAUUACACUCUAUUUAAAAAUAUAUCGUUAUUGACCUUCGUUUCAAAAAAAAAAAAAAUUGAAGAACACUCAAAGUUCCUAGUUGCUUAAAAUUUUAAUUUAUAUGCCAAAGUUCGAACGUGGCAAGUCCUGGUGUCAAAAUUAUUCUGUAAAUGUGCCGAAAUGUUGCGAAACUAAUUUAACAAAAGGAACACAACGACAAAAAGUACCAUAUGCGUAUAUUUACGACACAAUCGAAUGUACGAUAUCAGUAAAACAUAUUCCACAAUACAACGACACACAUCACUCGAACUCAAUUGAAAUUGUGUACUUCAGCGAUUUUGCAUACAUUUGAAUUGAUCUAGUAUAGAUCAUUGAACAAAAUCUUGUGGUUAUCGCUUGAAUAGGUGCAUCUCUUGACACGAAACGUAAACAUUAAAUUGUUUUGAGGAGCUUAGGUUUGCGAAUUUUUUUAUAUAAAAUGUGUAAAAGCUUGUGUUCGUCGUGGCAACAAUGGAUUAAGGCAAUUUUGAUAUUGCUAUACACACUUUUUGUUAUUAUUGUCGUACCGUGGCUUAUAGUAUAUACGGUGAAGGAUGGAUUCACACGAAAAGAUCAGCUGAUUUUAGUAGGAGGACUAUUUGUUUUGACAUCAGUGCCCUUUUGUUUUUGGCAUAUCCUGCAGCAUAUGUUGCAUUUCACCAAGCCAAUUCUACAGAAGCCAAUUAUUCGAAUUUUAUGGAUGGUUCCCAUUUACUCCGGAAAUGCAUUUCUCGGUUUGAUUUUUCCUGAGUAUUCGUUCUACAUGAAUAGUAUGCGUGAAUGCUAUGAAGCCUAUGUAAUUUACAAUUUCAUGUCAUAUCUGCUGAAUUUUUUGAAUCUGGAAAUGGAUUUAGAGGCGACACUUGAGUUUAAACCACCUGUAAAUCAUGUGUUCCCAUUGUGUUGCAUGCAACCGUGGGCCAUGGGUAGAGAGUUUGUGCACAAUUGUAAACAUGGUGUUUUACAAUACGUCGUAAUUCGACCUAUUCUCACAAUCAUAUCUGUAAUUUCCGAAUGGAACGGAGUAUAUGGAGAUGGUGUCUUCUCACAAGAUGUUGCGUUCCCGUAUGUAGUAUUAAUCAACAACAUCAGCCAAAUGUCAGCGAUGUAUUGCUUAGUAUUAUUUUAUAAAGCUACUAAGGACGAAUUGAAACCUAUGAAGCCAUUGCCAAAAUUCUUGUGCAUCAAAGCGGUUGUAUUCUUUACAUUUGUUCAAAGUGUUAUCAUCGAUUUCUUGGUUUAUUUUGGUUUUAUAAAAGAUAUUUUCGGUGAAGACGGGAAUAAUGACUUCAAUGGAUUGUCCGUGAAGCUACAAGACUUUCUUAUCUGUAUUGAAAUGUUUAUCGCUGCCAUUGCUCACAAAUUUUAUUUCCCACACCAACCUUAUCAUAUAAAUAUUCCAAAUUUCGGCAAUGAUCGUACAUGGUUCAACUCUUUGGCUCCCAUGUGGGAUUUUAAUGAUGUGAGAGAAGAUUUGUCAGAGCAUAUUGGUGUUGUGGGCAGUUCGUUAAGUCGCAGAUUCCGGGGUCGUACCUCAUAUUAUAUGGCAAGAGGAGCCGAAACCGAUCGUCUGGUUAUUAACAAUGCAAAUUUGGGGUCAACAUCGUAUCAAGGUGCAUAUAAUAUAAAUAGUGCUUCAGAUAGUGAAGGCUCAAGUCAUAACAAUCAUUAUGGAGCAAUGAGUUCUAGCGACGAUCGUUUGGCAAUUGGUUCGAGUGACGAUUUGGCAAAAGUUCAUUUAAAACACCGAAACGAAGGAAUUAGCAUCAGGAAUCAAAAAACAAAAGAUUAUUCACCACAAUACGGUGUUCCAAAAGUAUUAGGUAAUUAUUUUGUACAACAACCUCGAGUCACACAAAACGCAACACAAUCAUCAGCUUCAUCAUCACGAUACGAUCAAAACAAUAUCACCAGGAGUGAGUUGUCUGGUUUCGAUUUAUCAGCCUACGAAAAGGCAGCCAAUACCAAAGCAGUAACAAUGAAAAAAUCUGAUAGCAAUGCAAGUGAUUGGCUUAGCACACCGACUGAUGAUUUUCUGGGCAUCGAUGUCAAAGGCAUUGAAAAAGAUCACACACAUUUUCGAAAAGAUCCCAAUAUAUAAUGAUGUCAUUGUGAUGUGAUGUUUAAAUAAAAUUCUUACAUUUCGUGACACAUUGUAAA